AUGUGAUGUCAAAAGCGUGGGUGUGAUGUAACCAUCAAGGUUUCAAAUUUGUCAAAAAUUAAUGCAAGGGAUUCUCAUGGAUAAAACUGUCUUGGAUAAUUUUUUUUUCUAAUUUCCCUUUUCCCUUCUAGUAAAAGAACAAAAAAUAUGUCAAUCGAUACAAGUCAAUUGAAAUCCAUCUUCAAUUAUGAAGAAAGCAACAAAAAGUUGAAGGGAAAGGUGAUUAAUAUCGUAAAUCAGAUUCCUUACAAGUGCUUGAUCAACAAUCAUGAUAUUGAAGACGAAGAUUUGCUCGAGAAAAUAAGAUUGGCCAACCUAAACAAUCAGGAAUCUCUGGAUGCUACACCAAUUUCUCAUCUAGAAAGAAGAAGACGUUCAACUGUCGCCGCCCUUGGUCAGACAAACAUUUGGCAUUUGUCAACUCGAAGAGGUCACUCGGCAAUGUAUGCCGCUCUCGAUUCUCUUAAAAAGGAUUACCGAACCCUUUACAUUGGUGGUACCGGGUCUAUCACCACAAACAACGACAAGAAAUUGCCUGUAGAGGUCGCCACAAUUGAUGAUGAAGAAAGAGAGUCUCUAAGACAUCUGUUACGCUCCAGAUACGAUAUGGUUCCUAUCUUUGUAGAUGAUAAAUUAUCUUUUGGGCACUAUGAAGGUUAUAGUAAACAAGUUCUUUGGCCAUUAAUGCAUUAUUUGAUGUGGUCGGAUAAAGUGGAUGAACUCAAGUUUUGGGACGAUUAUGUCAAAGUCAACGAAUUGUAUGCUGCAGAAGCCAUCAAAAACUAUGUAGAAGGAGAUAUAAUUUGGGUGCACGAUUAUCAUUUAAUGCUUGUUCCACAAAUCAUUCGUGCUGCUUUACCAAGCGCUCCCGUCGGCCUAUUUCUUCAUACGCCAUUCCCCAGUUCUGAAAUAUUUAGAUGUCUCCCUCAUCGCAAGGAAAUUUUGACUGGAAUUCUGGGUGCUAAUGUGGUAGGGUUCCAGACUUACAAUUACGGUCGUCACUUCGCCUCCAAUUGUACUCGUAUUUUAGGUUAUGAGUACACACCUUCUGGCAUUAUUGGGAAUGGCAUUCUGAUUCAAAUAGGCGUUUUCCCUAUCGGCAUCGAUGUGGAACGAACACGCUAUCACUGUCAUCGUCCCGGUGUAGCCCCCAAAGUAAAAGCCAUUCGUGAAAGGUACGCCGGAAAGAAAAUUAUUAUCGGAAGAGAUAAAUUGGAUCCCGUCAAAGGCGUUCUGCAAAAAUUAGAGGCGUUUGAAUUAUUUUUGAAAGACAACCCCGAAUGGCGUGAGAAGGUAGUGCUCAUUCAAGUCACUUCGCCUGGCGUUUUAAACUCUUCAGAGCUUGAAAAUAAAGCAUCCGAAAUUGUGGGUCGUAUCAACGCCAAAUAUGGAUCCUUGGAGUUCACUCCCGCUAAUUUCUUUAAUCAACAUAUCGAUCGUGAUGAGUAUUAUGCCUUGCUUCAAGUGGCUGAUAUUGGCUUAGUCACACCCGUCAUUGAUGGCAUGAAUACAGCCAGCUUUGAAUAUAUUGUCGCACAAGAAGAGCAUCACAGUCCACUUAUUCUGUCAGAAUUUGCUGGCACCGCCCGUAGUAUGGGUGAUGCUGUUAUUGUUAACCCAUGGAAUUUCCCCGAAGUUGCACGUGCCAUUGCUGAGUGUUUGUCCAUGAGUGACGAGGAGAAACUAUCAAGAUACCAGCAACUCCAACAAUUUGUCAAUUCCCAUACCGCUGGUUUCUGGGCAAGAUCGUUGAUUAAUGGAUUAAUAAACGUGCCCAAAAAUAUCUGGGCCAGCGCUUCUCCAUUGAACGUCACCAGAGUCAAGACUGAAUAUGAGCAUAGGAGAAAAUCUGCAUUUUUCUUUGAUUAUGAUGGAACUUUAUCGCCAAUCUGUACCGAUCCUGAAUUAGCAAAACCAUCAGACGAGUUACUUGAGGUUCUGACAAAACUUGCGGGAAACCCUCAAAAUGUAGUUUGGGUCAUUUCCGGUCGAUCUAAGCAUUACCUCGAAGAAUGGCUAGGACAUAUUCCCAAUCUUGGAUUAUCCAGUGAGCAUGGUUGCUUUAUUCGAGACCCUAAAAGUGAGACAUGGGUCAGUAUGCUUGAGAACGUCGACAUGUCUUGGAAAGAUGACGUAAUGGAAAUAUUUGAAUACUACACUGAGCGUACGCCAGGUAGUUUCAUUGAACAGAAAGAAUGCUCUUUAACUUGGCAUUAUCGUAAAGCCGAUCCGAAAUACGGGGCGUUCCAAGCCAUGGAAAUGCAAAACCAUUUGGAACAAAGUGUGGUCGGUAAAUUACCAAUUGAAUGCAUCACGGGUAAAAUGAAUGUAGAAAUUAGACCAAGUCUUGUCAACAAGGGUGUCAUUAUUAAGCGCGCUUUGACGCAAAAUCCCGAUGUUGAAUUUAUCUUGUGUGCCGGUGACGAUAAAACGGAUGAAGACAUGUUCCGGACGCUGGAGAGAAUCGAAUUGGGUGGAAAUCCAAUCCUUCAAUUUACCGUGUGCGUGGGUUCUCAUAAUAGGAAAACCUUGGCCAACUGGAAGGUGGAUUCAAACCAAGAUUUUAUAAGGGUCUUGAAGGAAUUAGUUUAA